AUGGGUAGGCGUCGAAAGGUUAGGUUUUUUGUUGAAGAGCUUAAAGACAUGGAGUUAUCUAAUUCGGUAUUGGAGGAGUACUACAAAAGUCAGCUGAUGUUGGACGAUGCUGAUUUUGACGAGUUUCUUAAAGUUAUGAGGACCCCCUUGCCCGUCACAUUCCGCAUCACCGGGUUUCGCCAACAGAACCGUGAACUACUCUCUCUCCUUCAGGAAAAUUAUCUCCAUUCCAUAAUUGAACAUAGAGUUGAUCAAUCUGAUGAAAAAGUAUCUGUAGUUCCUCUUAAAUGGUAUCCUGGAAACAUGGCGUGGCAAAUAAACUCGACUCGCUUAGCGAUUCGAAAGUCUCCCGAGUUGCAGCAGCUUCAAAAGUUCUUAGUAUCGGAGUCUGAAGCAGGGAACCUAAGUCGGCAAGAGGCUGUCAGUAUGCUACCACCCCUUGUGUUGAAUGUUAAGGAGCAUCACGCAGUUUUGGAUCUCUGUGCCGCUCCAGGUUCAAAAUCUGCCCAACUCGUGGAACUUCUCCACGCUGACGCAGAAAAUAAAUUCACUGAUGCUGAUCGUUACGCCGAACCCUCGGGAAUAGUUGUGGCCAACGAUGUGGAUCGCAAACGUUGCUACAUGCUGGCGCAUCAAGUCAAGAGGCUUCAAAGCCCCUGUGUGAUUCUUACUGAGAAAGAUGCCUCUACUUACCCUCGUUUGUUCAUUAGUUCGCCUGAGAAGCCGGACGAAGUUCGACAAAUGCUAUUCGAUCGGGUUCUUGCUGAUGUUCCGUGUAGUGGCGACGGGACUCUUCGGAAGAGUCCCGAUAUUUGGUCUCGAUGGCGACCUAAUGUUGCAAGGCAACAUCACGAACUUCAGAGGAGGAUACUGCGCCGGGGACUUGAGUUGCUCCGAGUACCUCAGUCGCCAGAAGAUCCAGAUCCUCCACGUCUUGUAUAUUCGACCUGCACCUUGAAUCCGCUUGAGGAUGAGGCCGUGGUUGCAUCCAUCCUCGCGGCAUGUAGGGGGACUGUGCGUCUUGUUGAACCUGAUUUUAUGUGCCUUCCUGGCUCUGAAGCAGCCAAGGUGGGAGGCUUCAUUGCCAGACCCGGGCUUAAAACCUGGCGAGUUAUGUCGAACUCGGAGAAGUGGUACUCGAAGCACGAUGAGGUUUCAGAUAGAGAGCGGAAAUAUUUUCAAUCGAGCUUAUUUCCACCUGAGAAUACGGAGGAGCUUCACUUGGAGCAUUGCAGACGGGUUUUUCCUCAUGAUCAAGACACCGGUGGUUUUUUCAUCGCGCUGCUGGAAAAGAUUGCUGAUCUACCAUGGAUGAACAGUCGACAAAAGUUGGACAAGACAAUUGGCAACACAGCCAAUUGCUGCACCUCAGGAAUACAGUAUGACAAGUCUGAAUACGAAUUGGACACCCGUCUUUCCAUAGAGCCGAACAAUGCUGAUGAUGACAGCGAGCCAGUCGCAAAGAAGCCACGGUUGGCAGAGCAGGGACGGAAGGAAGCGUCAUUCGUGUUCAUAGACCCAGCCACAGAUAAGGAUUGGCCUAGCAUUCGCGACUUCUACGGGCUUGGAGAGAGGGAGAGUUGCCUCUUUAACCUCAACCCUGCGCAGAUUUUCUACCGAGCAGGCACUGCCGGAGAUCCUGUGAGACGGCGCUAUCUCUACUACACCAAUCCCCUCGUAAAAGGGGUCAUCCAAGCCAAUAACAAUGGCGCGGUUCCUAUCGUCAGUGGAGGCGUAAAACUUUUUGCCGUCUGUGAUGAAAAACAGUUUGUCGGCUACCGUUUUCUCCACGAUGGAAUUCAUCUAGCCUGUGCCUUCCUGCCCCAAGUACCUAAGGAGCUUAGGCGAUAUCCCCCUCAGCUUUGCCAUCGUCGCAUAAGCCUCUCAGCGAGUGAGCGCGAUGACUUGGUCCUUCUGCUACUUGAGGAGAUGCCACUGGCUGAACGCUUUACCAAGGCUACGCGAGACCAGUGGGAGCAGCUCAGCACAGGACCCGUUCUCGUCGACUACGAUCCUGCGGCCCCCUCCGAUCCCUCUCGUGUGACGCCUGAGUCGAAGAUGGAAGAGAGCAGCCGGCCGCGUCCCCACUGCCGUAUUGCGUUUGCGGCAUGGCGAGGUGUGAAAAGCCUGCGCAACCACAUCGACCGCUACGAGCGAUUGCAUUUCCUGCGUCUCUGCGGCCUCGACGCUUCUGUGCCCCUCAUUACGGGUCGUAAUGGCCGUCCACGCGGAGAUGCUGACGGUGGCGGGGGUGCUGCAAUGGAGGUUGUUGUUCGUUUAGCGGAUAAGCGCAUCGCUGAUUGUCCUAAUCGCCCCGCUCUCCGCCCUACACUCUUAAGACCCUCAUCAACGUAG